AAGCUUUCCUAGCUGUUAAGCUCAACAGCAUAAUUCAAACUGCUUUAGUCUACAUAGGUUACUACAGCAUGAAUGCACAGGUUGUGGAAUAAGGAGAAACUAUUAGAGUGUUUUGUUCAUUCUGAAGCCAGAAUGAAGACUUUGGAGCAUAUAUUUGCCUUUCACCUGAUUCUGGUCACCUCAGCUUACAGCACACAGAGAGCACCUCGUAUCAUCACUUUACUAGAAACAGUCGAUAUACUUCUGGAUCACAAUGCCACCUUCAUUUGUGAGGUGGAGUCAAGUCCCAGUGCUUCAAUCACAUGGACCAAAAAUAAUCAACCUAUUAUGUACUAUGACAACCGAUGCUUUACCAAGGAGCAGGGUCAGAUGUUGAUUAUCCCUCAUGUGAAAGACUCAGACAACGGCGAGUACUGCUGCAUUGCCAGUAAUGGCGUUGGAGAAGCUGCAAAGAGCUGUGGAGCACUUCAACUGAAGAUGAAGCCCCAGAUCAAACGGCAACCUACCAAUGUCACUUUACUGAUGGAAUCUAAAGCAGUGCUGCCCUGUGUUACUCUUGGGAACCCCAAACCAGUUGUCACCUGGCUUAAGGAUGAUGAACUCAUCAAGAUCAGUGACCGCAUUACCAUUCUUGAUUAUGGGGCACUGAAAAUUCAUAGAAUCCAGAAGGAAGAUGCAGGGAUGUAUCGCUGUGUGGCCAGAAACAGCUUUGGUUUGGCCUUUUCAAAGCCUGUCACCAUUGAAGUACAAACUCCAGCACGACUCCUGCGAGUACCAAAAAAGAAGAGAGCCGAUUAUGGUAGCCAGAUAACCCUGGAGUGCAAUGCCACUGGGAAUCCUAUUCCCACAAUCAACUGGCUGGAAAAUGGGAAUGCUGUCUCAGGUGCCUCGGUGGAGGAGACCUUGGUGGAAGACGUAAUACUAUCCGUUCUUAAAGUAACAGUGACUAAGUCAGCUUUGUACACGUGUGUGGCCUCAAACAGACACAGCAGUGGAGCAAACACUGUUAAAAAAAGUGCCAGCGUAAUUGUUACAGACUGGAGACAUCAUCAGCAACAACAGACGCCAGACAAAGAUAGAGCCAUCACAGGCUACUGCAGUGCAUAUCGUGGCGAUGUGUGUCACACAAAUCUCCAAGACAAUUCUCUGGUUUUCUUCAACUCCUCCCUAUCGGACCCCGAGGAGAUGCAGGAAUACCUGGUUCAGAGCUGGUGGGCUGAACUCGAAGGCCUGAGUGGGCUGUGUAGCCCAGCUGCACGCUCACUGCUGUGCCACUCCGCCUUUCCUGACUGCAACCCAUCAGGUGCAGAAUCGGCUCCUAAACCAGUCUGCAGAGAACACUGCCUGGCGGUAAAGGAGCUCUACUGCCAUAAGGAGUGGUUGACACUAGAGGGGACUGGUUCAGUUCAGGGUGGACUCUUGAGCUCGGUCACAGGAUCCCACACUUUCACUUCACUGCUGCCCAACUGUCAGACCUUACCAAGUCUUCGCGCUGACCCUGAUGGUUGUACAUAUAUUCCCUUUGUAGAUCUCCAAAAAGAUCAGAUAACAACAAGAUGUUACAAUGGCAGAGGUCGCUUCUACCAAGGCAGUGCAAAUGUCACAAGAUCUGGAAUACAGUGUCAACCAUGGAACCAACAGGCUCCCCACCAGCACCGUCUCUCUGUGGAUGUCAUUCCAGAGUUGAUGAACUCUGAUAACCACUGUAGGAAUCCUGGAGGAAUCAGUGACAAGCCCUGGUGUUACACCUCAGAUCCUAACAUACGCUGGGAGUACUGUUCUGUGCCCCAGUGUGGGGUACCAAGCACAGCACCAGUUAUGAAGCCAAAGCUGGCGGUGCCUGAUCAGAUUCCUCAUCCCCCUCCCACAUCAACAUCAUCAUCGCCAGCCUACUCAAUGUCUGUCAUUGUUAUUGUCCUGACAUCAAUGGCAACUACAGCCUUCCUCACAAUUAUCAUCCUUGGCUGCCACAGGCGGAGGAAGCAGUGGAGGAACCGAAAGAGAAGAGAGAUUGGGACCCCAACACUGAGCACUCUACCAUCUGAGCUCUUACUGGAUCGACUGCAUCCCAAUCCCAUGUACCAGAGAGUUCCUUUGCUGCUGAACUCAAAGCUGCUGGCCCUCGAGUACCCCCGAAACAAUAUCCAAUAUGUCAGAGAUAUUGGGGAGGGAGCUUUUGGACGUGUUUUUCAAGCCAGAGCACCGGGCCUCCUGCCAACAGAGCCUUUCACCAUGGUGGCUGUGAAGAUGCUGAAAGAGGAAGCUUCACCUGAUAUGCAGAACGACUUUCAGAGGGAGGCAGCCCUCAUGGCUGAAUUCGACCAUCCAAACAUUCUUCGACUCUUGGGUGUGUGUGCUGUGGGUAAGCCAAUGUGUCUGUUAUUUGAGUACAUGGCCCAAGGUGACCUCAACGAAUUCCUCCGUCGCCAGUCUCCAGCCGAGUCUGUGCACACCCUUAGUCGGGCUAGCCUAUCAGCUCGCAGUUUAUCCUCCGAUGUGGAGACGGGGUCUCUCACCUGUCCAGAACAGCUGUCCAUUUCUAAGCAGAUCGCUGCAGGAAUGGCCUACCUAUCAGAGCGCAAGUUUGUUCACCGGGACCUUGCAACCCGCAACUGCCUGGUUGGAGAAGAAAUGGUUGUGAAGAUUGCAGAUUUUGGCCUUUCCAGAAAUAUCUAUUCGGCUGAUUACUACAAAGCCAACGAGAACGAUGCUAUACCCAUACGCUGGAUGCCCCCGGAGUCAAUUUUCUACAAUCGUUAUACAACUGAAUCAGAUGUGUGGGCCUAUGGUGUGGUGUUAUGGGAGAUUUUCUCCCACGGCAUGCAGCCAUAUUACGGUAUGAGCCAUGAGGAGGUUAUUUACUAUGUAAGGGAUGGUCACAUCCUUUCCUGUCCUGAGAACUGUACUCUGGAGCUGUAUAAUCUGAUGCGUCUUUGCUGGAGCACACACCCAUCAGAAAGGCCAAGCUUUAGCAGUAUACAUCGGAUACUGGAGCGAAUACAUAAAAACAGCAUGAACACAAAUGCUUCAGCAGAGGCUGAAGCUGACUCAUAAUUUUGCUGACUCAUAACCUUGCUUGCAUGUGGACACAUGCACAAGCAUAAAUAGAAAAGUCCGAUUGUUUGGUAAAGUCUACUUCAUCAGCCCGUUCCUUCUCUGAGGACAUCAAAUCUUAUUACGUCUAUCCUAUUUUUAAUGACAUGCCAUGGUUUAGUUUUUAGUUUCAGAUGUUUUUUAUCCUAAUGCUGUCCAUCUGACAUGCCAGACUUACUGCAAACCCCAAAUAUAAGACGGAUAUUAAAGAAAUAAAAUGUCUCCCUGCUUGAACCACCUGAUUUGAAUGAAUGGGUCAAUACCAGACUGUUGCACAAUGGGGUGUCAAGCUUGGAAGAUAAUUGAAGUACUUUGUUUAGGUGUGUAGGAGCCAUGGCACAUCAAAUAUAUAUAGGACAUUUAACCCCAGGACCGGACUUGCCCACCUCCACUAGCCAGCUCAAGAUGAGACAAAAUUUAACAGUACCCCAACCAUGCCUAAUAUCAAUAUGACAAUUUACAAUUCCUACAAAUAGUUCGAUAUAAUGAAAUGGUGCUAACAGCUUGGGGGACUUUGCCAAAAUUGAAAAAAGGAAAUAUUAGAUAAAUUUCAGUUUCUGGCACUUUUUAGAGUUCUUAAAUCUAAGCUGAUUUGUAAAAGUUUUUGUUACAUUUGUUGGCUUAGAUUUUAUUAGGUAUGCUCUGAUCUGGAUUUUUCUGUUCCUGAUAGAGAUUCUAGUCACGUAAGAAUAGAUAUUUGUGGAUACUGAAUGUAUUCGUAUACACCAUUAAAGUUCGUCAAGCCUAUGGAUAUGAUUCCGGGAAAGUACACUUUCAUGCAGUCUAUCUUUUAAUGUAAAAACGCUUGCACUGUAAAAAACAAAUCCAGAUUUUUUUUCAACAAAACAAUGUGGAUGAGCUUAAAUACAGUUUUGCAAACCGGACACACAUACAAAGGCGUGAUUGUUAAACAUCGGCUGUGUAGCAUGUGACUCUUUGGUUCGCUAAGUGUGUGGCUCACAAAAUCCCAGACGCUACACCAACAUAGCCUUUACGUUCCUUUAUUAUCAGACACACAAAGUUGUAAGAAAAUCAUCAGUAUGUAUCAAGAGUCCAGUUUCUCCGGGGACUCCAAUACAGAUAAUUUAAAAAUACAGAGACAUCGAUCCAAUACUCAGGAUUGGAUCGGGAACAUUUUCUUAUUUUAUUGAGCAUUUAUAGUUCUGUAUUUAUUCUCAGUUUAGUCAGCCCCGUUCCUCCAUUCCACAAUACCUUUAGAUAUUAUAAGAGACAAAGUUUAUAAUCUGAUUAGGAGGAAAAAAGGCAAGAUUAAUAGGCAUUAAUUUUCCUGUUUUUCUAGGUUUUUGUAAAAGCUUUUGGGAAAUGUAUGUGUGUUUUAAAUAGUCCUAAAGAACACCUUUUUAAAAUAACUUGUUCUCAGUUGAAGUCACUUGCCAUGUACUUUUUUAGUAUAUGACAAGUUUGAAUAACAAAUUUGUGGUCAUUUUUAAUCAUUUCAACAACACAUGUUUAAGCCAUGUUUUUCAUCAGUUGGGUCUUCAGCUGUUGUGUUUUUAUUUUCUUCUUGUUCUGAACUUUUAAGCUUAAAGGACAAACCAAGAGGCAGAGUGUGACUAAAUGUUUCUUUGAUGCCAUUAGAAUAUGACAUGUAUAAGAUGAGGAUAUCAUGCUAAUGUUUCAAAAACAUUGCUAUUAAAAUUAACACUAGAUUAUUCCACGGUAGUGCACACUUUCAGUCAAUUCUGAUAGUUGUGCUAUAUGAGUUUCAAUUUGAGGCAUUUUUUCUUUGUUAUGCUGUUGGUUUUCACUGUUCAAUCUAUAAAUGUGUUUUUCAACCUCCUAAACACAUAUUUAUUUUAAUGGGAAUUAUGAUAAACCUUUUCUUUGAUCUAUUAUUUAAAGUGAUUUAAAAACGGAAUUUAGUAAGGAUAAGCCAUCAUUUGUCUCAAAUUGGCAAAUAGAUUUGCUCUUAUAGGCAGGUUAAUUUUUUAUCUUUAAAAAGAAAAAGUUUAGUUCUUAUCUAAGAGAUCAGACUUGAUACACAGUAUGGAUGCAUAAAUUAAUGAUUCCCAUCAUUUUAAAAACCGUUUUGAUACGUCAGUUGUUAAUGCAUCAAGGAUAACCUCAGCAAUUUUUUGAUUGUGGUGUGAUAUUUUUUAUUUGUUACAAUACAUAAAGUAUGAUCUAAUUCCUUUAUUUAUUUUUAUAACUCUUGAUUUUUAUUAAAUAAUAUACAUCUCUGUUUUACUAAUAAAUUAAGAAAUAUGGA